AGGUCAAGAUAAUUAUUUUUUCCGAAUACUAAUCAAACUUCCCCAUAGUGAAAUUUCAAACUGCAGUAUAAUUCAUGGUCUUCAUCGUGCCUUAAACGGCUUUUACAAAUUGGAUACGUUGUGACAUCCAUCUUGUGUAUACUACAUUCAUAAUUUGAUCUGUUUAUUUGGAGUUAUCUAAGAAAUAUAUGUGAUGGCAACUUCCAAGAACAAUACACGUAAACCAUUGCUUGUAGUGAAUGAUUACAUCUCCUCAGAGCCGAAAACAGAAUGCAAAUCAGAUGUUUUCUCCUAUACCGACACAGCUGCAAAGAAACAGAAAAAUAGGAGGAAUUAUGUCAUAGCACUAAUUGUUGUGCUAAUAAUCAUCAUCGGCAUACUGUCAUCCAUUCUCAUUCUACAGAACGUGGAACAGGAACACAGAGAAAGGGCACAAACAAAUCAAAGACAGUUGGUUUGCCCUAACAAGCCUUUCAGUACUAUUGACAUCAAAUCACGAGACACUAGUGAAAAUAUCCACCGGAGAUACCUGAUUUGUUUCUCUAGUAAUCAUGACAAUGCUCCAAAAACAGACAAGUCGGUCUACAUUGUGGCGGAGAGAGAUUUUGAGCUGAACAUUUUUAAGAAAGACUUAGACUCCACUUCCACUUACAUCGAAGUUAACACAAAGAUGGCGAAGGUCAAAAAGAUGAAUGUUCCGUAUACGAUGAUGCUGUCGUAUUUUAAGGCAGAAAAAAAGGCUAUACUUAUAGAAACCACACUUGACGCUGCCGUCAUUAUUAUUGAUAAUUACAAAUUAUCUUCUGACAGCACCAUGGUUUUGCCAGUGAAACACCUAUCCGACACCUAUAUAAUAUCAAGUGUUGAGUAUUUCAAUAGAAAAUACCAUAGGGUUCAGUUUGCAAUAGCCGCCUUAAAUAACUCUACAGAAGUUAGAAUUAUAUUCCGUAUUGAACACAAUUUAACACUUUCUGUUGAUGGGGUUGAGUAUCAGGAUGGCAGUGAAAUGGUUAUUGCUUUGAAUGAGCUUGAGACGUAUCAGAUCAGGCAUAAUGCUGAUUUAUCUGGAACAUUCAUAAAAGCUUCGUCUAAUAUUGCUGUGUUUUCAGGAAAUAGUUGUCAAAAAAUAGCUUUCAAAAACAGAAAUAAUUCUGGAGCCUGCAGUCAACUUGUUGAACAAAUCCCACCUGUUGAUAGAUUGGAUAAUACGUAUAUUGCCCCGCCAAACAUAAACAGGUACGGAACAAUUCUGAAAGUUGUGUCGCCUUUUAAAAGCAGGGUGACAUAUCGUGUUGGCAAUAAGAAAACAAGAGUGUCUUUAGUUCCACAAGGAUACUUUGAAUUCUCUAUCACUGAAAACGAAGUUGCUGUUAUUGAAUCAGAACGACCCGUUCUUUUAACCAGUUUUGCCACUGGAUCAGACACGUCAGGCGAUCCUUAUAUGAUAACCAUACCCGGUGUCACGCAGUACCUUAACAAAUAUACAGUUAUCACUCCUAGCAAUUUUACAAGUAAUUAUAUUGUUUUAAUAAUUGAAGAAAGUUCGUUACCUCACCUUAACUUAAACAAACGAGGCUUAACUGAGUAUAUAAGGACAUUUCAUACUCCCGUGACAGUAGGAAAAGUUCGGUACAUUGUUUUGGGGGUACAUGUGUCGGAUGGCACUAUUAACGUCAAGACAACGAACAACGCAGUCUUUGGCUUACUGGUAUAUGGUCAUAGAAAGAACGACGGUCAUGGAUUUGCAGGAAAUGUCGUGCUACCGGACACAUGCGUCCCAUGAUCACCACAUCCAUAUUGAUUUUUUUUCAACUUGUUGAUUAAACCAUGAAAAUCUCAUAUAUAAAUAUAUUGUAUACGGAAAAAAACAUCUCUAUGUACUGCCUUUGCCAUGCCACAUACAGUCCAUUAAAUAUUUCAAUACAUACUU